AUUUUGCUCUUCUGCACCCCACCCAUGUAUCUCUCUUCCCCAUUUUCUUCUCACUUUCUUUCAUUUCUUCUUUCUUUCCUUUCCUUUUCCUUCAUUUGUCUCUUCGUCAUUUUCUUUUUGGGUUUCAUUUCUUCCAUUGUUAUUGCUUCCAUUGUUGUUGAUCUCUAGUAUGAAGGAGCGUGGAGAAGCAUCGAGGAACGUGAUCCAGAUUUUGUUCGGUUUGUUUUCCUCUCCAUUCAGAACCCGCGAAGACCAAACGGAUAUAGGCCAAAACGGAUGUGGGAUAUCCGUUUGGCCUUAAACGGAUGUCCGACAUGCGGUCUGUUGCGAAAGGCAAUUAGCAGUGCAGACGCAAUUCUGGAACAAUCGGUUGCACCAAACAUGUUAUUUAUUGCAAAGCGCAAGAUUGCUAUCAAGGACGUGUUUUACUUCUCAGCUAAACGCCCUAGAGGGGUUCCAUUCUUAAUUGAACUUACCACAUUCUUAAUUGAAGUUACCACAAUGAUUGGAAACCCUAGCAUCAAAUGUGCAAUCAAGUCUCCAAGCCCUGAAAUGUCAGCAAUUUUCUUCGAAGCCAUUGAGACUCUUUUCAUGGGUUAAUGGGUUUUAAAUUUUGCCUUUUCUUUUAGUUUUGUUUAUAUAUUGUAUUUUUCUAGCAUAUUUGAUAUACAGGUGUGAUAUAUCAAAUCUAGAAAGAAAAAUUUCAUUGACUCUUUUUGUCGUCCUGAUUGUAUUUCACUGUUGUCAUUUUUGCCGUAAUUAGCACCAAUGAUGCAGUUGGGCUCUUUGGACUACUUUUAUUCUUCAAUUAUCUCCAUUGUCAGCCAUUAGUUGAUCGAGAUUUCAACGUGCCAAAGGUCUUGGCUCUUAUGCCAUAAAGAGACUUGGCAGUGGAAGAAUUUGAUGCUUUAUUGAAAAUAGAUGUCAAACUUAUAUACAUUCUUAGGAAGCUAUUUACAGAAACAGCAAUCCUAUAUACAGAAUAAUGGUCUAAAAUGAUUCCAAAAAUCAUGCUAAUUUGAUUUUCUGGCUUUGAUUUGUUGCACAAAUCCCACAUGAUUCGAUGCACAUCUUCACAAUUAUUGCUGAUAUGAGUAUAUUUUAUAUUUAUGACUGAUAUGAGUAUUGAAUUGCAGAUGCCUCAUUACAUUGAAAAACAAUGGCUCCAUUAAGUAGGAUUGUCAGUGGUACGAGCUGCCGACCUUUUUUUUGCUCCAGUGCUUACCCCAAAAUGUAUCGCAUUCUUCACCGUGCUUUUUGCACUGCCGCAGAACCAGCAACAGUGAGCAUCAAGUCUAUUUCGGAGGAUUUAUACAAAGAAGUAAAGUUAAAGAGGUUGGUGGAGAAGUUCAAGAAAGCUUCCGACAUUGACCGGUUCCGCAAAAAUACCGGCAUUUACGAGGAGACAGUGCGGCGUCUCGCCGGUGCCAAGCGCUUUCGGUGGGUUCGCGACAUCCUCGAACACCAAAAACAGUAUUCCGACAUUUCGAACGAGGAUUUCUCUGUGCGCCUAAUAUCCCUUUAUGGCAAAUCUGGCAUGACCAAACACGCCCGCAUGGUGUUCGACGAAAUGCCCCAGCGAAAGUGCAACCGCACCGUGCUCUCUUUCAAUGCCCUCUUGGACGCAUACCUCCACUCCAGGAAGUUCAACGUCGUGGAGGAGCUUUUCAAGACCCUCCCCACUCAGCUCUCAAUCGAGCCUGAUUUGGUGUCGUACAACACUUUCAUUAAGGCUUUUCGUAAAAAGGUUUCCUUUGAUUCGGCACUGUCAGUUCUUAAGGAGAUGGAGGAGAAGGGUGUGAAUCCUGAUUCCAUUACGUUUAACACUUUGCUUCAUGGGUUGUACUCAAAGUGUAGUUUUGAGGAUGGUGAGAAAGUGUGGGGGCAAAUGAGUGCUAAGAAUGUUACUCCUGACGCGAGGAGUUAUUGUUUUAAGUUGGUGGGGUUGUUGAGGGAGAAACCGGAUGAAGCGGGUGAGUUUUUAAGAGAAAUGAUGAAGGUGGGUGUGAAGCCUGACCUCUUUUGCAUCAAAGUUGUCAACAAUGCUAUCAUCAAAAGAAUUGUGGAUGAAGGUAAUUUGGAUGAGAUGAAGAACUAUUUAGUUAAUAUUGCAAACUUUGGUCUUGACCUUGAUAAAGACACUUACCCUAUCUUUAUUCCCUUCCUGCGUGAGAAGAGUGAUUGGAAGACCGCAAUUGAUUUGUGUUUUGAGAUUUUUAAAAGACGGGGCCAUGUUGAUGUAUCGUUGAUACAACUUGUGGUGGAUAAGCUGGUGGAUGGAGGCAUGAUUUCAGAGGCGAAGGAGUUUGUGGAUAUAGGGAAGGAAAGCUGUCGUUAUAGGGUAAAUUUACCUAGUUAUGUUAGUUCUUAGUUGCACUUUGUUAUUGGUCUUGCAAUUUGAUUGGUUUUGUUAUGAUGGUGAUUGAGAAAUUGUGAAUAAUGGCUUUUGUUUGGCAACGUGAGCCUAGUAAGUGGCUUUUAUUACAAGUGAUUUCUUUAAUGUGAAUCUCUUUUUCUCUCA